AUGAAAGAAAGAGUUGGUGCUGUAGACCAAAAUUUAAAAGUGAUUUUUGACGAAUUUGUGAAACCGGACAAGCCUGUUCUUGACUAUAUGACAAGUAUUUCAGGAGUUACUGCUGAAGAUAUUAAAAAAGCUACUCUCUCUGUGGUUGAUAUACAGGAAAUAUUGAGGCCCUUUCUUUCUACGGGUACAAUUUUGGUAGGUCACAGUUUGGACCAUGAUUUGAAAGUAUUGAAGAUAGAUCAUCCAAAAGUAAUUGAUACUUCACUUGUUUUUAAGUAUCCGAAUGCACGAAAGUUUAGAAGACCUUCACUUAAUGACCUUUGCAAGUCUAUGUUGGGUUACGAAGUCCAAAAGGCUGGCGUUUCUCAUGAUUGCGUACACGACGCAGCAGCUACAAUGAAACUUGUACUUGCUCUUAUAGAGAAAAGAAUUGGCACAACAAUCUCCCAAUCUAAAGAGGAUUUGGAGGCUAAGAAAUCAAGACUCUUUGUGCAUAAAAUCCCUCACAAUGUGCCAUCUGAACUGCUGGAACGAGUUCUUUCUGUAGAGUUUUCUUCUAAAGAGUUUACAAUCGAUGUUAAGCAAGCAAAAACACCGGGAGGUUACUAUUGUGCGGUUGUUAAUUUUGAUAGCUCAAGAAAAGCGAAUAAAGCAUUUGAAAACGUUGCUGGAAACAAACUUGAGGAUUCGUCGGGGCUGCCACAGAAACGCAUUGUCUUCAGGCUGAGUUGUUGUCCAGGAGGUAGUUUAUUUGUUCGUAAAAUGGAUUAA